CUGCCACCAUGGGCCGCGUUCGCACCAAGACCAUGAAGAAGGCGGCCCGGGUCAUCAUCGAGAAGUACUAUACGCUUCUGGGCAACGACUUCCACACCAACAAGCGCGUGUGUGAGGAGAUCGCCAUUAUCUCCAGCAAGAAGCUCCGAAACAAGAUUGCAGGCUAUGUCACGAACCUGAUGAAGCGGAUCCAGAGGGGCCCCGUGCGAGGCAUCUCCAUCAAGCUGCAGGAGGAGGAGAGGGAGAGGAGGGACAACUACAUGCCCGAGGUCUUGGCCCUGGAUCAGGAGAUCAUUGAAGUUGAUCCUGAUACUAAGGAAAUGCUGAAGCUCUUGGACUUUGGCAGUCUGUCCAACUGGCAGGCCACUCAGCCUACAGUUGGGGUGAAUUUCAAAACACCGUGUGGAGCCGUUUGAAUCUUUUACUAUGCUGUAAUAUUAUCAAUAAACCAUGGACACCU